GUUCAGACGAAGCAAACCUUAUUCAAACACAAAAUGAUCGCCAAAGCAGCAGUAAUCCUGUCAGUGGUAGCGGUGGCGGCGGCUGGAGUAGUCCAGUUGGCUGGCUACGGCCACGAAGCUGUCGCUUACGCUGCGCCCAUCGCCCACUACGGAGGUCACGAGGAUCACCACGUCGACUACCACGCCCACCCCAAAUACGAUUAUUCGUACUCCGUGUCAGACCCCCAUACCGGAGACCACAAGACCCAGCAUGAAGCCCGUGAUGGAGACGUCGUGAAGGGAGAGUACUCUCUGCUGCAGCCUGAUGGCUCCUUCAGGAAGGUCACCUACACCGCUGACGACCACAACGGUUUCAACGCCAUCGUUCACAACACAGCUCCUGCGCACCACGAGUACCACUAGACUUCGGUUCGGCUAGGCCACUUACCAUGUGAUAUUAUAUCUUUAAUUCUAUAGAUAGUCUUUAGUCGACGAUUUGUGUGUUAUAAGACUGCGG